GGAGCCGGGGGCAGGAAGAGGUGGAGUGCAGAGCGUCAGAAGCAGAGGAAAGUCCUACCAGCCACCGACUCAGCCUGGACCCCCCUGCGGCUUCUACAAGAGAUUACAGCACAAAUAUAAAGUUCCAGACCUUCCAUCGAGAUGCACGAAGACCCAGACAGAAACACCAGCAACACAGACUUCAUCUUAGUUAGUUUCUCUGGAGCUCAAGAGUGGAGACAACUGCUCUUCAUCCCUUUUCUGUUCAUGUUCCUAAUUUCAUUUGUUGGAAAUUUAUUUCUGAUUUUUAUAAUUCUGUCACAAAGGUCCUUGCACUCUCCCAUGUACCUCCUAAUAUGUGCAAUGGCCUUUGUUGAUCUCACUACACCAAUUUUCUUUGUUCCAAAACUGCUUGCUAUGUUACUGUACAAUCUGAGACACAUCUCUCUGCUGGGCUGUCUAGCACAAAUGUUCUUUAUACAUUUCAUUGGUAGCUUCCAGUCAACUAUUUUGCUGUGGAUGGCUGUGGAUCGUUACUAUGCAAUCUGUACUCCUCUGCACUACAAUGACUACAUGGCUUUCUCUGCCUUUCUCAAAUUCAUAAUCGUUCCUUCAGUCAGGAAUGCUGUUUUGAUUUUAAGUAUAGUCAGUCUGGCUGGAUCUCUGUCCUUCUGCCAGCAUGAGAUCGACCACUGUUUCUGUGAGCACAUGGCGUUGGUCACGCUGGCCUGUGGGACCAUACGCAUGAAUAACAUUGUAGGACUGAUGACUAUUUUUUGUGUACCAACAGUUGAUUUUCUGUUAAUCGUUGCAUCUUAUGUUAGAAUAUUUUUCUCAGUGUUUAAGUCGGGGAAGUCCAGCCGAAAGGCUCUCAGCACCUGCGUAACUCAUAUUAUUGUCAUAACCGUUAGUUUAAUUUUUACGUUAAUUGCAUUUCUUUCCUACAGGGUAAAGAAUGACAUGUCAUCCAACAGUCGCACUGUAAUCAGCAUCAUGUAUUUACUUUUUCCCAGUUGUUUCAACCCGAUAAUUUAUGGUGUCAGAACAAAGGAAAUUAGACAACAAGUAAUGAAAACUCUGAAGUGCGGAAAAGUGGCCCCAUGACACCGACCGGAAAGCUUCAGUGUAAAAUGAACAAGGUAACACAUGUUAUGUGUGGGCCGGGCCUUAGCCAGCUAUGAGGUCCGGACCUCAGUCAUUUUUUAAGAGCAAAAAUAAAAUUUGAAGCUAAAUUUUCACCUGAAUAAAAAAUUAACUAAUAUUUCACAUCACUAAUUAAUUGAAAAAAUAAACAGUUAAUGAAGGGGAUGGUAUAUACUGUAUAAUGUGAUUGACAAGACCUGGUUACGGCCCUGUGUGUGGGGGGGGUCUUAAGUGUGAGACAGUAUUAAGUGUACAGAGAGACACAGGAACAGAAACAAUAGCAUUUAAUGCUCUAUCUGUGUGUAACUAAUGAAGACAUUUCCAUUUUUUUCAAUUGCUGUAAAUUCUUUAAGAAAAUUACUAUACAUGUCAUCAUAUGAAUAAAAC